UUAAAGGUGCAGACAGUCAGUAUACGUUCAACAAUGCAAAGGCUAGAAGCUAACAUCAUUGAAAAGAUAGCCGAGGAAAAAGACCCGAUUCUUACAUGGCUGCACCCUAAAGUUACUGUCAAGAACAUCGAAGGGAUGAAGGUUCCAGGCAUUGCGCUACUGUCAACUGCUGUCGACAGUUUUGUCGAUAUUUCACAUACAGAAUUCAAAGAAUUGCAAAGUACGCUUGUACGGGAGCCCGGGACAAUAGGGAUAUACUUCGGAAAAGACAGGGAAUGCACCUUGGAGCAAAUGAUUAAAAGGAAACACGUUUGCCAGAAAAGAGCGUACCGAAUUCCUCUGGGGAAACUGAUGCCAUUCACGCAACAUAUGAUAGCGUAUGCCAGUGGAAUUCGGGAUGAUGCCCCCAAUGAGAGUGAUAUGGAAGAAAUCAACAAUCCAGCAACAACAAUAUCGGACGAAGGUUGCGAAAGCUUGGACACUCUCGAAAACGAGUUGAGGAUAAAGUUAGAAGCAUCUAAAAAUAGUCAAGUCAUGCAAUAUCGCGAAAAUACAACUGAACCUACCGAAAGUGAAGAGGAGCUCGACUUCAGUUUUACAGAGAAACUUACACCGAACACAAAGGCUAGAUAUAACAACCUGACUCCAAGGAAAAGGAAAACAUUUGCUUGGGCCAUUGAAGUCGCGCAAAAAAUAAUAAAGAGACCCGAAAUAGAUCACAAUACAACAGACGUGAGAACUUCCCAAGACAAAAUUCCUGAUUCAACCCCAAUAGCAACUGGCGAUCAAAACGUCUGCGAGCAAGGAAAUGAAAUGCCUGCAAGAGGUGAAUCGCACACCAGAAAGCGAUUAUUUGCAGAAGGCGCUAUUGGCGUUCUUCCUCGGAGCUCUACACGAUCUGAUAAUAAAAGUGUUGGGACAAUUGCUGGGACGAGUGGAUUAUCAUGUCCUCCGAAUUCCGGUAAAAUUAAAGUAUACAAAUGGUGUUCAUGCAAAGAGGAAAGAGAUAAAGAAUCGGAGGACAUGAUGCUGAUAUGUGAAACCACAAACAAAAAGAACUGUCCAGGUAAAGGCUACUACCAUCAGGAGUGCCUAGGAAUUGAAAGAGUACCUAAAGGAAAGUGGCUGUGCGACUUCUGCAAACAGAAAUCUAGAAAAUAAUUUAAUUGAAAACAUUAAAGAACGAAUAAACCGUCCAGUUGCUUGCUAAAGAU